AUGGAACCACAAUUUCUAGACGACCAAUUUAAUUGUCUUGCAAUUAAAUUCAUAUUCGUUUGUGAAAGUAGCAGUGAAUUAAACUCUUUAUUAAUUGAUCUUAAUGGAUUAGAUUACAAAAGUCAAAGAAUACAAAACACAGAUUCAAUCGUACAAUUUCUCGAUUCAAUUCCGAAAAUAUCGGUAAAGUCAGAUCCAAAUAUUAUUGUAAAGACUUGUCAUCUCAUCAAACAGCUGAUAAAUAAACAGAAGAUUUUUCUACCAGAACAAGUUUCUAGCAAAGUCAUUCAGUGGAUUCUUAAUUGUUGUGAUCAAAAAUCAUGCAAUUUAUUCUUCUGCGAAGCAAUUGAUGCACUUUCGGUACUUUUUAAAAUAAAUUCAUAUGCUGCUGUUCAGCAUUCAUCAAAGCUUCUCUCAACAAAUGGCAUUCUUAUGAAAUUCAUUAGUAAAAAUUCAACCGAAAAUGCUCAGAAAUCUUUCGUUCAUGAAAAUACUCCACAAGAAUUGUACAAGUCAACAUUGGGAUGUCUUGAAGCCAUUUUAAUGUGUUUAACUGAAAAUGACGAGGAAGUAGAUGGAAUGAGCAAUGAACAUGUUCAGCUGAUCGGCAAGUCAAUCAUCAACUUAAUGUUCGCACUUCGACAGGAAGCAUUUCCAGAAGUUGACAUGAUAAUGAUAGCGACGUCAAGUCUCAAUUGUCUCAAAUUUAUCAUUCAAAUGGAUUCUGAAUUUGCCAAUGAAAACGUUGGAGAGUUGUUGGGAAUUGCAAAGUCGUUCAUGCUUUUCUCAAUCCCCGACAUCACUCAAAGUGCGCCUUCGAAAAUUGCGUCGUCGCAACAAGCAAUCAUGGAACCACUUGCCAUUCGUCCACCUAAUAAACGUGGAGGUGGAUUAACGAAUAAGUCAAGAAAGGGAAAGAAACAUAAUAAGAAGUCUUCAACGAAACAAAAUCUUAAUAAACAAGAAGAUUCAAGUCGAACUUACGGAUUCAAAGAUAAUCAAAGCAGUUUCUGUUUAAAUAGCGAAUUUCCAGCCUACCGAACAAGCGACUCUGAUUAUUCCGAUAACGAACACAACCGUGAAUCAAUUAAUAGGCAUAAACAGAAUAAACUUCGUGUUGCAUCUUUAUCGAUGUUAUCUGCAAUCGCGGGAAAUGUCGAGAAGAAGAUUUUAUUCGGUUAUUGGCAUAGUCUUUUGUCCACGGAAGAAACAUCAUCAGCGACACUUGUCAACAGCAUUCUUAAAGAUUCAUCGCCAAGAUGUCGCAUCUUAGCAUUGCAAGCAAUUAUUCAACUUUUAAAGAAUUCAAAGCCUUUUCUAAUUCAGGCUGAAAAUAAAGACAAAGCACCGUCAACGUUCACACCAUUUGCAGUGACACUUGGCAACAUGAUCGUCUUUACUUACGAGAAACUCACUCAAGCUUUAAUUAAGGAAGGAGAUUUAACAGUUCUCGCACAAAUCCUUAAAUGCAUUUCAAUUCUAAUUCCAGCGACUCCAUUUCAUCGACUUCGAUCUGGAAUUGUCACAGGUUUCGUCAAAUAUGUGAGACUUCUUGUUCGUCAUAAAGAUCCAACAAUUAAAGUUGCUGCUUUAAUAGUCAUGGGAAAUCUCAUUUCAAUACCUGACAUGACGUCGGAAAUUUAUGAACUUGUUGAAAUUCCGAAAACGAAAUUAGAAUUUAGUUGGAAGAUUAUUGAUGAAGGAAUUCGAACAGCAUCGGGAAUAACAUCACAAGACGAGUUUGUUGAUCUUGAAUUUGAUGAUGAAGAAGUUGAGAUUGAAGUAGAAGAUGAUAAAAAGGAAGAGUUGAUUAAAAUGUCGUGGCUGCUUCAAACAGUUUUAGAGAAUCUUGGAGUGUUUAAUGGAUGCGUUUUGAAGAUUCCAUCACCAGCAACUUCAGUUCGAAUUGAAAGCUUGCAAAUUUUAAGUGCAAUGACUUCACAUUUUCUUCUCCUUAAAGAUCAUUUGAAUUCGAUUGCAAUGGCAUUGAUUACGUCAUUGAAAAGUGUUCAAUUAGAUGAGAAAAAUUAUGCAAGUCGAACGCUUGAUUUCGUUGGAAGUUCCAUAAAUCUUUAUUUAUCGAAGGACAAGAAGAAUAUUCAAGAUUUGGAUGCAGCAAUUGAGUUCUGGUUGAGCAUCAUUCCAAGUGUUGUUGAGAGGAUUCAAGAUUUAACUCAACCGCCACUCCUUCGUGCAUCACUUGCUGACAGUCUUGCCAACAUUGGAGUUCAUGUGUUUGAAAAGUUGGAACAUCAAAAGCAAAUUCUUUUGAUUUCAAUUCUUACUGGUUGCAGUUAUGAUGAAGAUUCGAAUGUUAAAUCAUCAGCAAUUCGAGCACUUGCUGUUUAUGCUUUAUUUCCAUCACUUCGUGAUGAUUUAUGCUUCAUUGAAAACACAAUUGAAUCGAUUUUGAGGAUUAUUAAAGAUGAAAAUAUUGUGACGAGAACAAAAGCUUCGUGGUCGUUGGGAAAUGUUGUUGAUGCUUUGUUGAUGAUACGCGAUGAUAAUCACACAAUCAAUGAGCGUUUAUUUCGUGAAAUAUUUGUAUCAACAAUUGAUGCAACAAACGACAAUGAUCGGGUUAAAGUGAAUGCAGUGAGAAUGCUUGGAAAUCUUUUAACAUUAUUGACCAGCGAUCAAUUGAAUGAUCAAUCGUGGUCGAAAGUUUUCAACGAAUCCAUUCUAAAGUUACAUGAUUUGCUUCUCAAUUGUAGUAAUGUGAAAGUAAAAUGGAACAUUUGCUAUGCAUUUUCAUCUUUAAUGAAGAUUUCAAGGUUUUUCGAGUUGAAGUUGAAGUGGACGAGUCUUGUGUUUCCAGCACUUUGCAAUGUCAUCAAAACAUCGCCAAACUUUAAAGUUCGAAUCAAUGCGAGUGCUGCUUUUACGAUUCCUAGUCGUGAGAAUUUCGGUGGACAUUUUAUUGAUAUUUGGAGUUGUCUUCUGGAUGCUUUGGAACAAUCAAACAAUUUAACUGAUUUUAAUGAAUACAAACAUCGCGACACUCUUCAAGAUCAACUUUGUUUAUCAAUCAGUCAUGUUAUCAGUGUGGCAACCAUCGAUGACAUUGUGUCAAUGAAGAAUGAAGUUUUUCCUUUAAUCGACAUCACAAAACAAAACUGGAAUCGUGUUUUUAAUCGUUGUCUGCCAGAAUGUCAAGGGAAAAUUCUCACAGCGAUUGAAGUUCUCAAAACCAUCGAAUGUAAAACUUCAGAACAGAAAAAUUCAAUUGAAAUUUUACUUUCAUGUUUUGAGCCAAUUGAAAAGUUUUAA